CUCGCCGUUGCCACCAGCCACCGACGGGAUGGGGGAGUGGCCCCUCCGCUUGCGGAGGAGGUCGCUUCCGCCGCCGCCGCUGCCCAGGAUCCGUUGCUCCCGGCGGAUCAGCAGCUGGCGGAUGCAGUGGUGCGCGGAAUGGGAUUGACUACGACGCGAUCUGCAGCCGCAACUGAGCACCAAACUGGACGUGGCACUGGCGCCAUUCGUCGCACACCCUCCACCUCCAGCGAGGAGGAUUUGGAGGACGAGGAGCUGGUGCCUCCGACCGACCUGACAACGGUGGAUGGAUCGGAGCGAUACUCCGACAUUAGGCAGCUGCUGGCCAGACAGCAGCCCUUGGCGGGAUCCCUGGAGGGGAUCUCGGGCGGACAAUGGAUCGUGGGCGAUGGCUACGAUCUGGAGGCCUUUAAUCAGAUAAACGGAGUGUGGCCCCUUGGCCAUCCGCUGCCGCUGCCCGAUUGGUCGAGCUCGGAGUCCGGAGGCAAGGGCACCCUGAUCUUCGACAAUGUGUGGCAGUAUGAGGAGCUGAACGGCAUCGUGGAGACCACGCUGCAGCGGAUGCUGGAGGAGACGCACUACAACACGGUCAACCUCUUCGUCGACUUCUAUCGCAGCUUCAAGCGCACCCGUCGCUCCGAUCUGCGCAGCUUCUUCCAGUUCUACGAUGUGCCCAUCAAUAGGCGUCACCACAUGUGCGUCUCCCUGGCCUUCGAGAUCAUGGCCAGAAUGGUGCAGCUGUUCCCGGUGCUGGCCAACUAUCUGUAUGUGGUGUCCUGUGAGGAGCAGGUGAUGGACUGCAACGACUAUGUCCAGCUGGACGAGGAAUGUGGCCUUAAUUCGGUGGAUGCGGGUGUGGAGAAGGAGCACGUGAUGGUGGCCAUGCGCAUUGCCAUCGGCGAGCGACGAGGUGUGAUGAUCCUGGAUCCAGGAUACCAUGUCAGCCGCGCAGUGACGGUUAUGCAGGAUCAGAGCUAUCCCCACACGGGCUGGUUCACCCAAUCCAAGGAGCCGCGUCUGCAGCGGGACUACUGCUAUGCGUACAGCCAGCAGAAUGGAAAGUUCGUGGAGUGGCAGGAGCGCGAGAUCCGUGGCGAGGAUACCAGCUACAAGACCUCGCUGAUCUACGUGGAGCAGGAGUACAUCACGGCCAUCGAUGUGACUGUGCGCCGUAAUCUGGUGUACAACUUCCGAUCCCUGCUCUCCCGAGAUGCCAAGGGUCAGGUCUAUGCGGGCAUCUACUUCCCGCUGGUGGCCAAUGGCCAGGAGGCCUAUCUGACCAUCUUCUACGAUGGACCCAAUGACCAGCGAGUGCGCACGAAGGUGAUGUUCAACGCCUUCAAGGUGGGAAAGGGAAAGCUGCCGGACUACGUGGCUCAGCAUCUCAGCAGGCUGGCUCCACAGUUGAAGAUGCCCCUUCAGGAACUGACCGAACUGUGCAAAUCCCUGGCCGAGGUGGUCACCGACCAGAACUUCGUCAGCCAGGUCCUGGCCAUAAACGACGACAUCGGCAACAUGUCCGUGUCCGUGGAGAAUUGACAGUUAAAGGAGCCUAAGGAUGUCGCUGCUACGGAAACGGAAACGAAGAUGGAGACCCAGGCGAUAAAAGACACUGACAACGCAGCUGCAACUUAGAGUUCCGAACCCUUAAAUUCCUAUUUGAAUACUUUUCCCCCUUCUUUUUGGUAGCACCUAGGCACCUCUUACACCAGCACACACACACACUCGAUUCAAGGAUAUAUUUCAAUUUAGUCUAGUAUAUAUUUCAAAAUAUUUAUUCACCUGUACACACGAGAACACACACACACACACUCUAUAUGGUAAUCCCAAUUGAAUGAUUUAACCGAAUGCGAAACGCAAUUUAAUCAAAACCAGAUAAGCCCAAGAGCGUAGAUUUCGAUUUUCGCUUAGCUUCUGUUUAUUUCGAACUAAGUAUACACGUAUGCGCAACUAUAUAAAGGCAAAAUUAGUUAAUAACUGGUAUCAAGGCAAAACAUAAAUUGUAAUUGUUGUACGAACAUAUUUCCGUUUUAACACUUAAAUGCACUGUACUAUUUCGGUUCAAUAAAUAAAUCAGCUAGCAAAAAUAAA